UGACAAAGGACCGAGGAGCAGCGCAGACCUUUGAGCAGGCGUGCCUCACCCUGGGAAUUAGAGUGCAAGCGGGAAAUGGAUUGGAGACGAGAGGCCUAUUUCACCUUCUGCGUCGGGAGUUUGCUCGGCAUCCUCGUGCCCCGCGAGGUCAACACUGCGCCGCGAUUAAUUUUAAGUGGCGGGGAUCGAGAAGCGGUACAGGAGAAUAAUUCCACCGCUCUUGGCACUGGUUUUCAUGAAUAUUUUGACAACUGGUCUUUCGCAAACAAAGCACUGGAUGUCUGCAGUAACUGCGUUUGCGGUGUCAGCCGGCAAACCCGAAUAGUCAACGGUCAAAUCACAAAUACUUACGAGUUCCCGUGGGCUGUGGCUAUUACGUACGAAGGCAUGCAUCAUUGUGGAGCGAGUUUGAUAACAAGCAGACAUCUUCUUACCGCGGGUCAUUGUAUGUCCGGAUUUCAGAAAAAAUAUUUUGGAGUUCGUUUUGCCGAUAAUGCAAGGUACUACAUUAAAUCCGUAAGUGUACAUCAGCACUACGAUAAGCGCAGCUUUAACAAUGACAUCGCCAUAAUUGAACUCGACAGGCCAGUGCCUUUGGACGGAAUUGUCAAGACUGUUUGCUUGCCUGAUGCGGAAAAAUUCGAUUACACGGGAGCGAUUGGCGUUGCAAUUGGUUGGGGGCGUAUAGGAGAAGGUAAACCCGUAAGCCAAGAAUUACGGAAAGUCGAUCUCCCAAUUAUGUCCAAAGAAGAAUGCAGGCAAUCUGAAUAUUCUGCAAGUCGGGUUACUGAUAAUAUGUUUUGUGCGGGUUAUCUAGAUGGACAACGAGAUGCUUGUAAUGGUGACAGUGGCGGUGCCUUUCACGUGCGUAGUGCUAAAGGUGCCAUGGAAGUCAUUGGUCUCGUAUCUUUUGGUCGUGGAUGUGCCAGGCCAAAUUUUCCGGGCGUUUAUACAAAAGUUACCAAUUACUUAGCAUGGAUUGGAGAUCAUAUAAAAGGCGAGUGUGUGUGCUUACCACCGACUUACUUACCACAGUAAAGCUUUAUCAAAUGAAAGCAACGAAUGAGAUAUUAUAAUAAUGUAAAAUAAGCUAGAAUAGGAAACAAAUACUUAAGAAAUGAACCAAAGUUUAGAUAACAAAUCGUGCACUUGAAGUUGAAAAAAAAAAAAAAAAAAGAAAAAAAGAA